AGUGGGAGUCUCCUCCAAAUCCUGGCGAAAAUGUAAGCUAGGCAUUAGUUUCUGAAUGGAUGGAUGUUCUCCGGGUCUCGGUUUUCACGGGUGAUGUCACGGCGGAGCUGAUGGCGUCACUGCGCGUCCCGGCGGAGCGUCUCGAGCGCGUUGACGGAUCGCAGCAGCAGCGAAGGCCGACGCGACCGUGGCUCCGGCGGCCGGGAUCGAGCGACGCCAAGCCGGACACCGAGCGAGGAGAGCAUGGAGGCUGUAGCCGAGGAGCUGCGGGCCGGCUCCCGGAUCCCGGUGACUGUCGAGCAGAUCGUCAACGACACGCUGGUGGUGACCCUCACGUACCGAGAGAAGAGCUACACGGGCAUCUUACUGGACUGCAGCAGAAAGACUGGGCUGUUUUGCCUUCCAGAUGUUGUUGGAAAAUCCGAAGAGAGCCUCAUAUUGAGACCGGACUGUGAAGUCUCGAGUGAAGAGGCUUCCUCUGAACCCGUUAGUCAGCCGACGGAGCCACCAAAAGAUGAGAACACGGAGCCUGAGGUGGGACAUCCCGCCCCGGUACCCAUCCCAGUGCAACCGGGCCAGCCGACGUACCCACCGUACUUCGAAGGCGCCCCGUUUCCGCAGCCCAUGUGGGUCCGGCACACAUACAACCAAUGGGUACCCAAACCACCACCUCGUCCAGUCAAGAGGAAGAAGAGACGAAGUCGAGAACCUGGAAGGAUGACCAUGAGCACAAUCCGACUGAGACCUCGGCAGGUGCUGUGCGAGAAAUGCAAAAACACACUAAACAGUGACGAGGACAGCAAAGAUGGACCAACGGUGCCCAAGACGUCUAGGAAGGAGAACGCUCCUCAAACCGAGGAGGACACUAAAUCAACCCCAUCCAAGAGGAAGGAUGACGGAGACAACAACAACAAAGAGUCGAAGAGAAGAGAGGACUCGGCGGUGUACGACAGCAAGCGCUUCCGGAAGGACAAGAAGGACGAUGAGAAAUUUCCCGGAGGGGGCAUCAUUCCCCACAGUCCUGUGAUUAAGAUCUCCUAUAGCACUCCACAAGGUAAAGGCGAAGUGAUGAAGAUCCCCUCGAGGGUUCACGGUUCUGUCAAACCCUUCUGCCCCAAGCAGCUUCUGCAGAAUGGCCACAGAGAGCAAAACGCUUCCAAGGAUUCCCAAAAAGUCAUGCAAUCUCCUGUAGACGCCAUCCGAACAGGUCUUACGAUUUCCAUUCCCAAACUCAAGCUCCCAAAGUUGAGUAAUCCGGAUGCCCCUUCGCCCAAGAUACGCUUGAGAUCCCGGGAUGACGGAGCGGAGCAGGUGUCCGUGUACGAAGCGGAACUGGUGGACGGCGUUCGGAGGAAAAGUCCUAGAGUUCCCAACUCUCAGUCUGAAGAUGGUGCGGAGAAGAAUUCGCUGGAGCUUUGGUCAGGCGAGGAAGUGGAACGGCACAGCGACUUGACUUUACUCAUCAACUUCCGGAAGAGGAAAGCGGACUCCUCGACGCUCUCCGUGUGCAGUAGUGACAGUCUAGACGAAUCCAAGUCCUUCAGCUCAGACGGAACGUCGCCGGAAAUCUGCGAUCUCGCUCCAGGCGACGAUAUCUCGGUCUCGUCUUCCUCUCAAGGGGAAGGUAAGACUGUUCCGCCUCUAACUGUACGACUGCACACUCGCAGCAUGACUAAAUGUGUGACCGAGGAAGGCCACGCUGUGACAGUGGGUGAUGUUGUUUGGGGGAAGAUCCAUGGAUUUCCUUGGUGGCCUGCGCGGAUACUCAGUAUUAGCGGUACUCGUAGAGAAGAAGGCGAGGUUGAUGCUCCUUGGCCCGAAGCUAAAGUCUCCUGGUUCGGUUCUCCCACCACCUCCCAACUCUCGGUUGCCAAACUCUCGCCGUUCCGCGAAUUCUUCAGGUCACGCUUCAACCGCAAAAAGAAAGGGAUGUACCGCCGUGCCAUCAUGGAGGCCGCCAAGGCGGUGGGACACAUGAGUGCCGAAAUCACAUCUCUACUGGCUCACUGCGAGACUUAGAGGACGAGGACGGUAAUGGACUGGGUGUGGUUGUGGUUUUUG